AUGGGCUCACGAGCCGAGGAGAAGCAGCUUAGCUCUCUCCUCCCUAUCGACAAGCUUAUUGUCUCCCUCUUCCUCUUCUUUACAUUUUCGCUUCUCCUCUCGUUCCUCUACGGCUCCCCGCAUUUCCAACCCCCACAAACCGACCCAUUUCUGCAAGCUGCAUGCGACGCCGACAUAGCCUCAUUCUACAUCUACGACCUGCCCGACCGCUUCGACCGCGACCUCAUCCGCCACUGCCGCAGCCUCAGCCCCAGCAGGAACAUGUGCCCCUACGUCGCCAACCGUGGCCUCGGCCAGCCGGUCCCGGACCGCAACGACUGGUUCGCGACGGAGCAGUUCGUCACCGAGAUGCUCUUCCGUGCCCGCGCCGAGCGCCACCCUUGCCGCACCUUCGACCCCGGCUCCGCCGCUUUGUUCUACAUCCCCUUCUACGCCGGUCUGUACACGUCGUCGGUGUCCCGCCAGAGGAACCACACUCUCCGCGACGCGCUCGGCGUCGACCUCGCGGAUUACGUCUCCAGGUUUCCGACGUUCCGCCGCCACGGCGGACGCGACCAUUUUCUCAUCACCGGCCGCACGUCGGGGGAGCUAAUGCGGUCUGCCAGCAGGGCAAGCGAGAACUCGUCCACCAACCGCCUGCUCCGCCUUCCGGAGCUCGCCAACAUGUCGAUCCUCACCAUCGAGCGGUUCGUGUGGGAUGGCAAGAAUCAAUUCGGCAUCCCCUACCCCUCCUACUUCCACCCGCGCUCCGCCGACGAGCUCACCGCGUGGCAGGAGGAGAUGCGCCGCGCGGAGCGGACCCACCUCUUCGCCUUCGUCGGCGGGGCGCGCACCAAGGGCCAGAAGGAGGUUAUGCGCGCGUUGGUAUUAGAGCAGUGCGGCUCGUCGAGCCGCUGCCUCCGGCUGGAGUGCAAGCGGGGUUCCAAAGAUUGCCGCACCCCGGGCCGGGUCAUGGACGUGCUGAUGCGCGCCGAAUUCUGCCUGCAGCCGCAGGGCGACACGUUCACGCGGCGGUCGGUGUUCGAUUCGGUGCUGGCCGGGUGCGUGCCGGUGUUCUUCUCCAAGCACACGGCGUACACGCAGUACGCAUGGUACGCGCCCGGGCGGGCGGAGGAGUGGUCGGUGUUUCUGGGGCCGGAGCGGCGGGGGCGGAUCGAGGAGGAGCUGAGCCGGAUACCGAAGGACGCGGUGGCGCGGAUGCGGGAGGUGGUGAUCGGGAUGAUCCCGCGCGUCACCUACGCGCACCCGAACGCCAGCUGGGCCGAGGGGCGGCGCUUCCGCGACGCCGUCGACGUUGCGCUGGCCGCCCUCACCAAGCGUGUGCGGGACGCGUUGAGUGAGUCCGACAACAAUAGUACGAUCGAAGAAAAUUAA